AUGCGUUUCAGCACGGCGAUUACCCUCACGGCUCUUGUUGCCACCGGCAGUGCCUCUGCCUCGGUCUUGCCUCGAGUGCUCGACAACUACGAUCUUGCUCAGCCCGUCGCGUUCGAAGAGCGAGAGGUACCGGUGCUUCAAUGCGACGCACAGCCGAUCUUCAUCGGUGACCUCAAGAUGUUGUCUACCACAGGUCGCGAAGUGUACGCCGCGUUUGAAGGUAUUCGCAACCAGGACGGCUACCAGCAGCUCGACGUUCAAAAGGCGGGUCAACCGUCGCGUAUCGAGAAGUUUGCCUUCACGCCUUGCACCAGUUCGUUCAUGGGCUACCAGCCCGAGUCGAACAAGGCGGCCGAGGUCACGUUUGGACGUCUGCAACCCGCUCAUCUUGUCGGCAAGCGUUGCGUUUCGGCUGACAAGCUCGCGCAUUCGGACGCUCGUCUGAUCGCCGCCAAGUGCGAACCCUCAGACGAUUCCGGUCAGCUCGCGCAAUUCUGGAGCUUGACCAAGCAGCCAGCUGCUGAAGAGGACAAGUUUGUGUACUACGUCAACUUCCUCGGCUUGCCCGCGGGUGACCAGCCCGACUUCCCUGGAACCUACACGCUCGGCCAGACCACCGUCGGCGCCAACAAGCUCGUCCGCCUGCAGCACUCCAAGGAAGAAGGAAAGCGCAGCGCAUACUUCCUCAAGCUCGCUUGA